UGUGAAUUAAAAUGUAAAAGUUGUUUUUAUGCUUUUUAAGUGCUGUCAGAAAUGUUUAAAUAAGUGUCUCUCAACCAGUGGGUUGCAGUCCACAUUUGGGUUAUGGGCUUUUGCAGAUGGCUCAAGUAUUGCUUAUUUGGUAGUAUGUAGUGUGUCACUGCUCUGACAGUUGUGCUCGAUUAAUCCCCUUUUCCCCGCUCUGACAAUCACACUUAGUUCACCAAGAAGGUCAACAUAUCCCCAACAUCCACCCCCUUACCUCCAAGAUCUGGUUCAGCAAGAGGGACUAAACCCUCUUCUCACCCUGGUGGGUUGCAAAGACAAUUAAAUGGGGAAAUAGUGGGACGCAACACCAAAAAGGUUGAGAAACACUGCCUUAGAUAACCUUCAGCAGUCGAUUUAUUUUUUUGUGUGUGUGUGUGUUUUACCAGUAAAUAAAUACUAGUUUAAGUCCUAGAGAUCUUCCUUAAUCAUUAUCAAGCAAAAAUGCAUUUUAAGCUUUGAUGAAUCUCAAGGAUUUUAAAUUUUGAUUGUCAGCAGUAAUUUAUUGAAUCUGAACCUGAUAGGACAUCUCGUAUUUGCUUUACUGAUGCUCUGCUGAUAAUGUGUUAUCUACGUUAUCUACAAAACUACGUUCUCAGGAAGCAGGACGAGGCAGCAUCUUUUACUAUUGGCCUUCAAGACAGGAAAUAAGAAGUAGAUCACUAAAGUGCAACUCGCCAGAAAGCAUCAUUGGAGCAAAAUGAAAUGAAAAGAAUACUUGAAGAAUAAAGCACCUGCUUUGCAUUUGUUAAGCAUGGCAGGGUUACAGCUUGUUACCCCUGCUUCAUCUCCAAUGGGUCCAUUUUUUGGACUCCCUUGGCAACAAGAAGCAAUUCAUGAUAAUAUUUAUACACCAAGAAAAUAUCAGGUUGAACUUCUUGAAGCAGCUUUGGAGCAAAAUACUAUUGUCUGCCUAAAUUCUGGCUCAGGGAAGACAUUUAUUGCAGUACUUUUAACAAAAGAACUUUCCCAUCAAAUUAGGCACGACUUCAGCAAAAAUGGAAAAAGAACAGUUUUCUUGGUUAAUACAGCAUCGUGUGUUAUACAGCAAGCAGCAACAGUUCGAACUCAUUCUGAUCUUCACGUUGGUGAGUACACAAAUGCUGAAACAACAUGCACAUGGACAGAAGAGAAAUGGAUCCAGGAAAUGGCUGAAAACCAGGUUCUUGUAAUGACUUGCCACAUAUUUUUGCACAUACUGAGGAAUGGCUUUUUACUUCUGGAUAAAAUUAACCUGUUGGUGUUUGAUGAGUGUCAUCUUGCAAUCAUGGACCACCCGUUUAGGGAAAUCAUGAAGAUAUGUGAAAACUACCCUUCCUCUCCCCGAAUAUUGGGUCUUACAGCUUCCAUUUUAAAUGGUAAAUGUGACCCUUCUGAGUUAGAGGAGAAGAUUCAAAACCUUGAAAAAAUUUUAAAAAGUAAUGCAGAAACUGCUACAGACCUUGUUGUCUUAGACAGGUACUCGUCUCAGCCUCGCGAAGUUGUGCUAGAUUGUGGACCAUAUAUGGAUAAAAGUGGACUUUGUGAAAGACUUUUAAAUGAAUUGGAUGAAGCACUUAAUUUUCUUAAUGACUGCAACCUGUCUAUACUUCAUGAAGACAAAGAUCCUACAUUUAUUUCUAAACAGGUGCUGAAUGACUGCCGAUCAGUAUUGACAGUUUUGGGACCUUGGUGUGCAGAUAAAGUAGCAGGGAUCAUGGUAAGGGAACUACAGAAAUACAUCAAGCAUGAACAGGAGGAGUUGAACAGAAAGUUCUUACUGUUUACAGACACUAUUUUAAGAAAAAUCCAUGCUCUCUGUGAAGAACACUUCUCCCCCACUUCCCUGGACCUUAAAUUUGUUACCCCAAAAGUAAUUAAAUUACUUGAGAUAUUGCAUGAGUAUAAACCAUUUGAGCGGCAGCAGUUUGAAAGUGUGGAGUGGUAUAAUAACAGAAACCAGGAUAAUUAUGUGUCCUGGAGUGACUCUGAAGAUGAUGAUGAGGAUGAAGAAACAGAGGAGAAAGAAAAACCUGAAGCUAAUUUUCCUUCACCUUUCACCAACAUACUGUGUGGAAUUAUUUUUGUUGAACGGCGUUACACAGCAGUAGUUUUAAACAGGUUGAUUAAAGAGGCGGGGAAACAGGACCCAGAGUUGGCCUAUAUCAGCAGUAACUUUAUAACUGGCCAUAGUAUUGGAAAAAAUCAACCUCGAAACAAACAAAUGGAAGUUGAGUUCAGAAAGCAAGAAGAGGUACUUCGAAAGUUCCGUGCGCAUGAAACAAACUUGCUUAUUGCUACAAGUAUUGUGGAGGAAGGUGUAGACAUUCCAAAGUGCAAUUUGGUGGUUCGCUUUGAUUUGCCAACAGAAUACCGGUCUUAUGUGCAGUCAAAAGGAAGAGCCAGAGCCCCACUCUCAAAUUUUGUCAUGUUGGCUGACAGUGAUAAAACUAAAGCUUUUGAAGAGGAUCUUAAAACAUACAAAGCUAUAGAAAAGAUCCUGAGAAACAAAUGUUCAAAGUCUGCUGAUUAUAACGAAUUUGAAAUUGAGCCUGUUGUGGAUGAUGAUAAUAUUUUGCCACCAUAUGUUCUGCGAACUGAAGAUGGUAGCCCAAGAGUUACAAUCAACACUGCUAUUGGACAUGUUAACAGGUACUGUGCACGGUUACCCAGUGAUCCCUUUACACACCUUGCUCCAAAAUGCAAGACUGUGGAAGUCCAAGACGGGUUCUACAGAUCAACACUUUAUCUUCCAAUCAAUUCACCCCUCAGAGUUCCCAUUACAGGACCCCCCAUGGUUUGUGCAAGAUUAUCAGAGAAGGCUGUAGCCCUCUUAUGUUGUGAAAAAUUACACAAUAUAGGUGAACUAGAUGAUCAUUUGAUGCCUGUUGGGAAAGAAACGGUUAAAUAUGAAGAAGAGCUCGAUUUACAUGAUGAGGAAGAAACCAGUGUACCUGGAAGACCUGGGUCUACAAAAAGAAGACAAUGCUAUCCAAAAGCUAUUCCUGAAUGCUUGAGAGAAAGCUAUCCUGUUCCUGAUCAACCAUGCUACCUUUAUGUUAUUGGUAUGGUGCUUACCACACCUCUUCCAGAUGAGUUAAACUUUAGAAGAAGAAAGUUGUACCCUCCAGAAGAUACUACUAGAUGCUUUGGGAUAUUAACAGCCAAACCAAUACCUCGGAUUCCUCAUUUUCCAGUGUAUACUCGCUCUGGUGAAGUUACAAUAUCCAUAGAACUGCAAAAGUCGGGCUUUACUUUGAGUGCUCAACAACUAGAACUGAUUACCAGGCUUCACCAGUACAUUUUUUCUCACAUUCUUCGUCUUGAAAAACCUGCACUAGAGUUCAGACCCGCAGAGGCUGAUGCAGCCUACUGUGUACUACCUCUUAAUGUUGUUGAGGGCUCCAACAUAUUGGAUUUAGACUUUAAGUUUAUGGAGGAUAUUGAAAAAUCUGAAGCACGAAUCGGCAUUCCCAAUACACAGUAUACAAAAGAAAAUCCCUUUGCUUUCAAAUUGGAAGACUACCAAGAUGCUGUUAUCAUUCCAAGGUAUCGCAAUUUUGACCAGCCUCACCGGUUCUAUGUUGCUGAUGUCUAUACUGAUCUUACUCCACUUAGUAAAUUUCCAUCUCCAGAAUAUGAAACAUUUGCAGAGUAUUAUAAAACCAAGUAUAACCUUGAUCUAUCAAAUUUAAACCAGCCCUUGCUGGAUGUGGACCACACUUCUUCAAGACUGAAUUUAUUAACUCCUCGACAUCUCAAUCAGAAAGGUAAAGCUCUUCCUUUGAGCAGUGCUGAAAAACGUAAAGCAAAGUGGGAGAGUCUUCAGAACAAACAGAUUUUGGUUCCUGAACUCUGUGCAAUUCAUCCAAUCCCAGCAUCUUUGUGGAGAAAAGCAGUCUGCCUACCCAGUAUCCUCUAUCGUCUACACUGCCUUCUUACAGCAGAGGAACUAAGAGCCCAGACAGCUACUGAUGCAGGAGUAGGGGUCAAAACAUUACCCCCAGACUUCAGGUACCCAAACUUGGAUUUUGGAUGGAAGAAAACAAUAGACUGCAAGACUUUCAUCUCAAGUCCCAGUACUUGCACAGAAGAAAAUGAAAAUUACUGUAAGCACAGCAUAACUGUAGCCCCUGAUAAUGCUGCAAAUCAAGGUGCUAAUGUAGAAACCUGCAUGUGUGAGAGAUUUACAUUGACACCUAUGAACUUUAAAGCACCUUCUGAAUUGUCAUCUGACAUUAAUAAACCUAUUGCAUUCUUUGAGGAAAAUGGAGCUCUAAUAUGUGCCGAGAACCUCACUAAUGGCAACACUGUUGAAGCUGAACACAGUGCCAGCCAAUUUUAUUCCUGCAAGAGUGAAAUACCUUCACAAUCAACUACCUCUGUUCCCAUGCCUACUUCAUGCAGCAUUGAGAACCAGCCCAAGCCCAGCUUUGAAUGUACUGUAAUGGAUAAUUGUAUCUAUGGAUACUCUAAAAAAUCUACCUCAGAAAGUUGCCUAGAAGUGGCAACACUGGCAAGAUAUUUGGCACCUUUGACAGUUUCAGAAAAUUCCGAACUUGCAGUCAUCCCUGUAAAUGGUGACUCUCCUAAAACGUUUGGUCCGAAUCCCGGGCUUAUUUUACAAGCCUUGACUCUUUCCAAUGCUAGUGAUGGGUUCAAUCUUGAAAGACUGGAGAUGCUUGGAGAUUCCUUUCUCAAACAUGCAAUCACAACAUACUUAUUUUGUACAUAUCCAGAUGCUCAUGAAGGUCGUCUCUCCUACAUGAGGAGUAAAAAGGUGAGCAAUUGUAAUCUUUAUCGCCUUGGGAAAAAAAAAGGUCUCCCAAGUAGAAUGGUGGUUUCAAUUUUUGAUCCACCUGUGAACUGGCUUCCUCCUGGGUAUGUGGUUAACCAAGAUAAAAGCACUACAGACAAAUUGAAUGCAGAUGAAAUGAUGGGAAAACAACAUUUGUCUAAUGGAAGAUCUGGAGAUGAAUAUGAUGAUGAGGAGGAGGAGGAUGAGGAUGACGAAGAUGAUGAUGAUGACCUAAUGUGGAAAGAAUCUAAGGAUGAAGUUAAUGUGGAAGAUGAUCUGGAAUAUUACCAAGAGCAUAUUCGAUUCAUUGAUAACAUGCUUAUUGGUUCAGGGGCUUUUGGAAAAAAAAUAUCAUUGUCACCAUUUCCAUCUGCAGAAUCCAGUUGUGAAUGGAAAGCACCCAAGAAAUCCUCCCUGUCAAAUGUGCAGUUCUCUUCAGAUAAUGAUGAAUUUGACUACAGUUCUUGGGAUGCAAUGUGUUACCUUGACCCAAGCAAAGCAGCAGAAGAGGAUGAUUUUGUAGUGGGUUUUUGGAAUCCUUCUGAGGAAAACUGUGGAACAGAUACUGGUAAACAGUCCAUCUCAUAUGACUUGCAUAGUGAGCAGUGCAUUGCAGAUAAAAGCAUUGCUGACUGUGUGGAAGCCCUACUUGGAUGCUACCUGACUAGCUGUGGUGAGAGAGCUGCACAGUUAUUCCUUUGCUCUCUUGGCUUAAAAGUGCUUCCUGUGGUGAAGUCUAACAGAGUUCUAGAUGGUGCCACUUCUCAUAAUAAACCUAUCACAGAUAGUGAAAAAGAUGUGCAGUAUGACUGGCUCAGGAUCCCCCCAAGAUGUGUGUUUGAUCAUCCAAACGCAGAGAAAACCUUGAGCCACUUAAUUGCAGGUUUUGAAAACUUUGAAAAGAAAAUCAACUAUACCUUCAUAAAUAAGGCCUACCUUCUUCAGGCUUUUACACACGCAUCUUAUCACUACAAUACCAUUACAGAUUGUUACCAGCGUUUGGAAUUUCUUGGAGAUGCAAUUUUGGACUACCUCAUAACUAAGCACCUUUAUGAAGAUCCUCGCCAGCAUUCUCCAGGAGUGCUGACAGAUUUGCGAUCUGCCCUUGUUAACAAUACCAUAUUUGCUUCUCUUGCUGUGAAGUACGACUACCACAAAUAUUUCAAAGCUGUUUCACCUGAGCUGUUCCAUGUAAUUGAUGACUUUGUGCAGUUCCAGUUAGAAAAGAAUGAAAUGCAAGGAAUGGAUUCAGAGUUAAGGAGAUCUGAAGAGGAUGAAGAAAAAGAAGAAGAUAUUGAAGUUCCUAAGGCUAUGGGAGAUAUAUUUGAAUCACUUGCUGGUGCAAUUUACAUGGACAGUGGUAUGUCUUUGGAGACGGUUUGGCAAGUUUACUUCCCAAUGAUGAGACCACUAAUAGAAAAAUUUUCUGCCAACGUUCCACGGUCUCCUGUUCGUGAAUUGUUAGAAAUGGAGCCAGAGACUGCCAAAUUCAGUCCUGCUGAAAGGACCUAUGAUGGAAAAGUACGGGUUACUGUAGAAGUUGUUGGGAAAGGAAAAUUUAAAGGUGUUGGACGAAGCUAUAGGAUCGCCAAAUCAGCAGCAGCUCGGAGGGCACUGAGAAGUCUCAAAGCGAAUCAACCUCAGGUUCAGUCUAGUUAAAUAUCUUGUACAAGAUGUCAUUAACGUAGUUUAUUAAAAACAAACAAAAAAAAAAAAAAAGCAGCAAGCAAAAGGUAAAAGUGAGGUAAUGAAAUAACUUGGCAGCCUAUUAGACAUAAAGCAUUUUAUAUAAAAGAAAAAAAGAGCUGUUCAUGAAAGUGUUUGUUUUGUUUUUAUUUUGUUUUGUUAAUGCGCAAACACAAUCUUUUCUUUAUUCUGCUUUGUUUAAUCACAAGAGUGCUUUAUAACAAUUGGGAGGUGUAAGAUCAGGUGUCUACACUUUUUUUCAUUAAAUUUAUUUUUGUUUUUUUUAAUGUGUUUCAUAUUAGUGCAUCAAGAAACUUGUGAUUAAUUUUAGGAGAUAAGAUGAAUUAAAUUAGAAAAACUAUAAAUUAUACAGUAUAUAAACUAAUUUCUAAUUUCAGAGCUUCUGCACUAGUGCCAGUCCAUAAAACAAUUGAAGAUAUUGUUAUGGAUUUACUGGUAUCAGAACAGUAGAAUGAGUGUUAAUAUUGUUCUCAGUUUAAUCAUUAUUGCACUUAUUUGUUAUGGGCUGUUUUUUCUUUUUUUCUUUUUUUUUUUCUUUUCUUUUCUUCCUUCCUCCUCCUCCACCACCCUGUUAACAAGUCUAACAUUUUAUAAAAUUAAUACAAUCAAAUUUUAGGGAUAAAUACAGUUGUUAACUUUAAAGAAGAAGAGGGGAAAAAAGGUUGUAGCCUUAAAAAAAUAAGCCCUCACUAACGUUCCGACAAAUUGUGCAGAAUUUUUACAUUCCCAUCCGCUGCAAUAUGAAAUGUUUUACAGCACUCUGAAUGCAUGCUUGUGUGUGGCUGUAAAUUUAAAACCUUUUACCCCAGAUUAUAUGCUAUAGAGCUAUCAAUUAUAUAUAGAUAUGUAAAGUGUUUAUUACAAAUGAGAAAUUAGAAUAAUAUUUUAAGUUUGAUUGCAUUUUUUGAUAAAAGUAAAAGUUGAUUUUCAAUUGCCGAUCAUUGAGGUUAACAUUUUAAUUGUUGCCACUUACUAAACCAUUUAGUUUUGAUAGAGCUAGAUGACAUAUCACCUGGGAAAUAUGCUGCAGAUUUUAUAAUAAUUGGUUACGUCUGUAAGAAAUGGAGCACCUUUACAAUCUUUAAAUAAUAUUUCUUACUGUAGUUCUCACAAAUUGCAUCCAUACUUCACUUACCAAAGUUACAGGUUUCUCAAUGCCAUAGGAUUGCAUUUGUGAGGUAAACUGUCAUAGUAACUCUGAAUAGUAGGACAAUAAAACCAGCCUUCCUGUACUUUAAGCUAAUUUAUGUUAUUGUCCAUUGCUUGAAGCUAAGCCGCUUUUUGUCGUGACUGUUUUGUAUUUAGGAUCAUUAGGCACUCUUCACUUGAAUACCUCAGUUAUUUUGCAUGCAUUUUUUCUGUUUUGGUGCUAUGUUUUUAUGUAUUAAGCUUGAAUUUUAUUUAAUUUUUUUGCACUGUAACUAUAAUACCUCUUUUAAUUUACCUGUAAAUCUGUUGGAUCAAUUCUGAGUACCAGCAAAUACCAGCAGCAAACCAGUAGAGGUUACCUACAUUUUCAUUUUUAAUUUCCCUUUUCAUUAUGCUUGAAGUUCUUUGGGAAAGCUGCACAUAAAAACUGGGACAGAGGUCUUGUUACUUACUUACUGCUUUGUCUGUUCCUCCAUUAAUUUUGGAUUUAGUCCUUGAAUCUGGCUGAAUGGGUCAUUUAAUAUUUAGUAAUUUAGUAUAAUGCAGGUUUUAUUAAAUUAUAUUAAUAUAUUUUGCAGUUUUUUGCUAAAGCAGAUUAGACAAAUCAAUGUCAGUAUCACGGUAGAAAUUCAGUAUACUCUACACAACUCUUAAAACACAUAAACACAAUAAAGUCCAAUUUGAAACUUACAGUACAAGUAAGAGUGUAGAGAUCUUUUUGUUUGCUGAAUAUUCAGGUUGCCUUAAAUGUUUGCCUCACUGUGUAAGUGACGGUAAAGUUUAUUGUGUCAUGUUAAAAUGCCAUUAGUGUCAAUACCCGAGUCAAUGUCAACAGAUAAUUAAUUCUGUGUGAAGAAACAUUUAUGAUUAUAUCAGACUUCACUGUUAAUAAAUAAGAAACAGUGUUAACACACAUGUUCAGUAUUACUACCUCAAUAUUUGGUUUCUCAUUAUAAACUUUACAUACUAUAAUGUACCAAGAGGUUUUACAUGUUUGGCUGUCUAAACCAAAAACCUAAGAAAUUGGUUCUCAUUGGUUACUGUCAAAUGUAAUUUUCUUUUAUGAUAAAUUAUUAUUAUCCAUGAUAGCAGUGCACUAUUAUUCAUUCUGUCCGUACUGUUAAAUUAAAAAAAAAA